AUGUCCAUGCUCGCUUGGGCCCACAAGGAGCUCGAGUUCGUGAGCGGUCGUGUGAUGAGCACAAUGAUCGAUGCCCACCAGCUCGCUCGAGGAACAACAUGCGACGACAAGCUGCAGAGGGAUCCUCCCAAACUCAACCUUCUCAACUGCCCCACGGGCAGAGAAACCAAGGGGAUCGACCCUUGGGAGCUGAAGAAGAAGUUAGCUAGUCACGCUCAAGGCAUCGAAGACGUCGACCUGAACGACCCUCCUUGCAAGUAG